ACCGUUCUCAUCACCACUGCCAAUGGCAACGUUGGCAGCCGCCUGGCUAGACAACUCCUGGAUCAAGGCUUCAGUGUUAAUGCUUUGGUGAGAAACACUGAAUCCGAGGUUGCUCUUGAUCUUGAGAAGCGAGGAGCCAAGAUAUUCAAAGGAGACUUCGAUGAUAUUCCAUCUCUCCAGAGGGCAUCUCAGGGCAUCUGGGGAGUAUUUGUCAACUCCCAUCCUGUACAUGGCACAAUGGAUGAACUCAAGCACAACCAAAAUAUCAUCAAUGCUGCAAAGGAAGCUGGAGCCAAGUAUGGUAUAUACAUGAGUGUAGUCAUGGCUGACCGCAAAGACGAAUUCCCUGGUAUGGGACCUGGACAUCCUGCCUAUACCUACUGGGAAUCCAAGACUGGUAGUGAGAAGGCCCUUCAAGAAGCUGGAUUUGAUUACUGGACAAUUCUCCGACCCAGUGGCUUUAUCGACAAUUCCUUUGGUCCUCUUUCUGCUAUGUUGUGGCCUGCUCUGAGAAAGGAACAUCGUUUGGUAUCACCUUUAGAGCCCAAUGCCGCCGAGCCCUACGUUGUCCCUGAGAAUAUUGCUAAAUUCGCAGUUGCAGCAUUCAAGGAUCCAAGUACCUAUAAUGGCGAAGCUAUCGAUCUUGCUGAUGAAAAACUCACCAGAGAGAAGCUAGCAGAACUUAUCACGGAUGUUGUUGGCAUCCAAAUUACAUAUGAACACGUUAGCAGGGAAGAAGCCGCUGCUCGUGGUAUUUCGCCUAUUAAUUCAAUGUGGUCAGACUGGGCAAAGGACAUCAACUACCAAAUUGACUAUGAGCGCUUGAAGCAAUUUCCAAUCAAGCGUACUACGGUUGUAGAAUAUUUGCAGAAGAACAAGGCUUCUAUC